CAACUAUGCUUUUGCGCAUCCCAUGUCAUCAUUUUGACGUUUUAAACCUGACUAUAAACAACUAACUGUAGGAGGGCCAUAUCUACUAAAAGUUCCAUGCGACUUGACAUUGCAGGAUCCAUCUAUUCUACAUCUACAUAUAUGCACUCUUAUCGCUUGUAUUUUCCAUUCUCGUUCAUUUGAAGCUGUUUUACCUGUCAUCGAAAGACAUCGAGCGCCGCAUGAACAGAAAAUCAUGGGCGACACCGGUGUAGAUUAUUAUAAGAUCCUCGAAAUAGACCCAUCAGCCACGGAGCACCAGAUCCGCUUCGCAUAUAAACGCGCCGCACUAAAAUCCCACCCAGACCGCGUCCCCACCACCUCCCCCGAACGCCCUGCGCGCGAAGAGACCUUCAAAAAAGUAAACGAAGCCUACUACGUCCUCUCCGACCCCACCCGCCGACGCCAAUAUGACAACGGGCGCAGCCGCCAACAACAACAACAAAGGAAACCCCGCACCCCUUCACCACCCGCUUUCUCAUCGGGCCCGGAAACAGGGUCCGAUUCCUUCGCCUCGGACCAAUUCGGCUCUAUAUUCGAGGAAAUGCUGCGCGAGGAAGGGUUGUCGGAAGACGACGCUGUGCAUGGCGGGACGAGGCCGACGGGUCGGUUCUGGGCGAUUGUGGGUGGAUUGAGCGGGGCGGCGUUGGGGUUUAUUGUUGCGAAUUUGGCGGGUGCGGUGGCGGGUGCUGUUGCGGGUAAUCGACUGGGGGCGGUGAGGGAUGCGAGGGGGAAGAGUGUUUAUGAGGUUUUUCAGGCGUUGCCUGGUGAGGAUAAGGCGAGGCUAUUAAGUGAGUUGGCGGCGAGGGUUUUGAGGUCUGCUGUUUCGUGACCCGGGGUUCGGGCUUGUUUUCUCUUUAUAUUUUCGGAUUAAUUCUUGGGCGUGUGGGGUUUAGGUGGGUGCUCGUUCCUUUGGCUGAGUGGGUUCAGGUAUCCAUCUUGGUGCAGGAAUAUCUAUAGAUCGAUUCUGGAGAUCAAAUGGUUUGAUGUAUUUUUGCUGCUAUGGUCUGGCAUUAUUCGGCUGGUACAUUUUCACAUAAGGAAUCCAAAAUAUCUGCACUCAGUUUUCAAUAAUAAUUAAUAUAUGCGCCGUCAGGGACACAAUAUUAGCCAGUGAAUUCCAUUCCAUCCCAUUCCAUUUUGGUGGGGCUACAUAUUGGAUUAACAGUGCUACGCGAAGUACAACCUUUCUUGAGU